CCUGAGUUUUCUUUCCUCCCCUACUAGGCUGGCUGUUGAUAGAGCCACAGAAUCAAGUUUUAUAUCAUAGAUGCGGAGACCCGCACACUCUGUACCCGUUUUUGCCAUUUACUGAACUCCUUAAAAAUAUCGAGAACAAAGAUAGUGUUCGCAAUGCCCGUAUAGUGGCCGAUGAAUCGACCCCGUCUCCGGAAACACCUCCGGACUACAGACUUUUAGAAGCACCAAUAAAUAGGCAGAUGUAUAGAAGUGGAGAGCUAGUUCACACCCGGACCUCUCGAUUCGUUGCUGGCACUCUUCUCAUUGUCACUGUACUGAAAGUCAAUGCCUCGUGGGUGAUUGACAGGCGGAGGAUGGCGUUGGGCGUCUAGUGGUGUUUUCUUUUGAUGAUAGCGACCCGGCCCGUGUAAAUGCCUCCCUCCACCUCAUUCUCAUCUUAAGGUAAACGGCCCGGAUCUCGAUCUCAGCGAAUAGAAUACAACCGGGAGGCGGAAGCUAUCGGCUUGCGGGAUAAUACCUACUAAGGGAAAAGAAAGCAUGAGACAUUACAUAUUGCAAUGAAAUCAGAUCAGGUAUGUGGUGAGUGAAAUAAAGAGGAACGAGAGAACAAGUUGUUGAUCUCAUGUUGUUCAUCUUCCAUGUUACUACGAAUGUGCACGAAUUUGCACAUGUUAAAAUUGAAUCGCACAAGGCAAGGUAAACAAUAAGUGCUGUUCGGUAAGGUACGCAAACUAACCUAAGGUACCUAUCUAAUUAUUACUACCUGACCAGCCUUGGUAGUAUCCAGUUGACUGACUGGUAAGUUGCGGGCAGGUGUCAGAUGCCCCUCACUUGCCAUUUCUUCCCCUCAGCCCCAUCCAUGCUUCUGGCCAGUUUCUGCGAUAUUCUUCUGCUGUUUUAUUAGAACCUGAUCUCUCCCCUCCAACUUCUCUCAACUUCUCAUUUGAAGCUUGAUCUUAUAGAUCUCCUUUAGAUCAACUCGCUCUACUGCUUUUCAACAGUUCAGACACAUCUGACUCUUGAUAUCCACAGAAAGUCCUUGUUUCUUCAAUUCUUUACCGUCUCCGCUUACCACGCUCUUCUCCAAUAAAUCGACUGACCUUACGCGCAAUAGCGUCAUCGUUUCGCUACUCAACAACCCAAAGCUCCUUACACUAACUCCACUACUGGGGAUCUACGCCUCUCAGCUCUAAACCAGCUGCCAGGUCAAUUCCCUGUCCCUCCACAAUCGACAAUCGAUCAUCGGCCAUCGACCACAAAGAACCGCGACGAGGCCGACUAUAGUCCGACUUUUUUCUUUCUCAAGUUAUCUUCUUUCAACUUUUGACACCCCAAAUAUCCCCGUUUGAGAUUAUUUCUUCCAAUACCGUCAUCAUGCCCGGUGCUGUCGAUGAGAAUGGCCAAGCUGCCCCGGGCCGCCUGUUGCUACUCUCCAAUCGAUUGCCCAUCACAAUUAAGCGAUCAGAAGAUGGUAGUUACUCAUUUUCUAUGUCUUCUGGAGGUCUCGUCACGGGCCUCAGUGGUCUUAGCAAAACCACCAGUUUCCAGUGGUAUGGUUGGCCGGGUCUCGAGGUCCCUGAUAACGAAGUCGAGGGUAUGAAGCAACGACUGAAAGACGAGUACGGCGCGCACCCGGUUUUUAUCGACGAUGAACUUGCCGACCGACAUUACAAUGGGUUUUCUAACUCAAUUCUUUGGCCUCUUUUCCAUUACCACCCUGGUGAGAUCACAUUCGACGAGUCCGCUUGGGCCGCAUACCAAGAAGUCAAUCGCCUCUUUGCCAAGACCGUUAUCAAGGAUGUGCAAGAUGGUGAUCUUAUUUGGGUUCAUGACUACCAUCUGAUGCUCCUCCCACAAAUGCUUCGUGAGGAGAUCGGCGAAUCGAAAAAGAAUGUCAAGAUUGGCUUCUUCCUCCAUACACCAUUCCCCAGUAGUGAAAUUUACAGGAUCCUGCCUGUCAGAGAAGCACUCCUUACUGGGCUUCUUGACUGCGACCUGAUCGGUUUCCAUACAUACGACUACGCUCGUCACUUCCUUAGCAGUUGCUCCCGCAUUCUAGAGUGUCCCACGACCCCCAACGGUGUCGAUUGGAAUGGCCGUUUUGUGACAGUUGGUGCCUUCCCCAUUGGAAUCGAUCCCGAAAACUUUGUUGAAGGACUGAAGAAGCCAAAAGUGCAAGAACGUAUCGCUGCACUCAGCCGAAAGUUCGAAGGUGUCAAGCUCGUCGUUGGAGUCGAUCGCUUGGAUUACAUCAAGGGCGUCCCUCAGAAACUGCACGCUCUUGAAGUGUUCCUGACCGAACAUCCGGAAUGGAUUGGCAAAAUCGUUCUGGUUCAGGUUGCUGUUCCUUCGCGACAAGACGUCGAAGAGUAUCAGAAUCUCCGCGCUGUGGUUAACGAACUGGUCGGCCGUAUCAACGGAAAGUUUGGCACCAUUGAGUUUAUGCCCAUUCAUUUCCUCCAUCAAUCCGUCACUUUCGACGAGCUUACUGCCCUGUAUGCUGUAUCUGACGUCUGUUUGGUCUCAUCCACUCGUGACGGUAUGAAUCUGGUAUCCUACGAAUACAUUGCGACACAACAGAAGAACCACGGCGUCAUGAUUUUGAGCGAAUUCACAGGUGCUGCUCAAUCGCUUAAUGGCAGUCUCAUCGUCAAUCCUUGGAACACAGAAGAGCUUGCCAAUGCUUUACAUGACGCUGUUACCAUGAGCCCCGAACAACGUGAAGCCAACUACAAGAAGCUCGAACGCUACGUUUUCAAGUACACCAGUGCUUGGUGGGGUGCUAGCUUUGUCUCUGAAAUGACCCGUCUUAGUACUGAGGGUUCUCAGCCCAAAACCCUGCGCAACGUCUCUGGGGCUGUAAUCGGACUGGAGCAGAAAGCCCAACAGGCUGUCGCUGAUCUUGAGAAGAAGGCCGAGGAACUAUUAACCAUUGACGAGAAGAAGGAAGCCGAUUCCCAGACAGAGCCCUCUCAAUAAAAAUUGUCUCGUAGCAGGGAAGGACAUUGUUGUGCAAGAACGAGUUCACGGUUUGGGCAAGCGGUCAUGAUUUGGGUCUCGUUAUAAACUGUUUUUCUUUUGCUAUAAUAAAAAAGUAUCAUGAUGAAGUCAUCGGCCUUGUUUAUAAGUGUGUCGACUGCGUUUAAAUGUUCCUUCAGAUGUGAGUUCUUGUCAUUGAAUCAUCUGCGCAUAUGUAAAAAAGUCAAUGGGACUCUUUCUAUUUCUGCCCAUGAUGGCUUAAAAUAUCAAUGUCGUGGACAAAUGCAAGCUGCAAAGGGCUCGAAGGUGAUAAGGUGCAUUGAUUGCGAUGCAAAUGCAUCAGCAGAUGGUAUCUAGACAAAAAGAGAGCAGACAGGUUAUGGAAACACACAUUACAAAUUCCAAAGUCCACCAAAACUCCGUAUCGGACCUCAUCAUGAAGUCGUAACACUUCGAAGUACUACCCUAAUUUGCCGAAUCAACCGCAAUUACAAGUGACACUCUGUUCUACU